UAAAAACUCAAAAUUUCAGGCCUGAAAGCAUCAGUCGACAACAGUUAUCACUGCUUGUUCCAUCAUCACUAAACAUUACAAAAUGAAAUCUAUUGUGUUGGCUUGCAUGCUGGUCGCGGUGGCGUUCGCUGCCCCGCAAGGCGCCCCCGCCGAGCCCAUCCCCAUCGUGAAGGAUGACAGCCAGAUCAACGGCGACGGAUCCUACCAGUAUGCUUUCGAAACUGGAAAUGGCAUUUCUGCUGACCAGAAGGGAGACCUGAAGAAGGUCGGAGAUGUUGACGCUUUAGAGGUGCAGGGAGAGUUCUCUUACCCCGGAGAGAACGGCCAGACCAUCCACCUUACCUACACCGCUGACGAAAAUGGAUUCCACCCUCAGGGCGACCAUCUGCCCACCGCUCCCCCAGUACCUGAAGCCAUCCAGCGCUCCCUGGCCUACCUCGCCACCGCCGCCCCCGCUGCUGCCGCUCCACAAUAGAUUUCAUGUUGGCUGAUGCUGCAAUACUCAUAAUCACAUAAUGUGAUAAGUAUUUUUUAAUUUUCUACUUGCAAUAAAGCUAAUGUAACAUUUCA